GGACGAUCCCCAUUGGCCAGACAUCCAGCCAAUCAAAACGUCUUGCGGAAAUGACGUAUGGACGCUAAAGAUGGCGUCAGUUUCAAACCGCUCCGGACCGAAUGUUAUUCCUCACUGAUCUCUGCUCAAAGAAGCGGAGAUGCAGACCGGACCAGCGGAGAGGAGGAGACAGGCUGGCCGGGGCCGGCGAGGGGAGAGCGGCCACGGCCGAGCAGAGCCGCGGGGGAACCAGCCGGUGGUCCCGGUCACAUGUGCCAGGAGGUCCGGGGAGGAGGUGGUGAGGCCGAAAGAAAUCAUCACCGACAUGAAACAGAGAGACAAACAGACAGGAGGAGGAGAGGAGUCGGAGGAUGAGGAUGAGGAGCGAAGGAGAGGAAGAAGGAGGGUUGUCAGGGGUAGGAGGGCAGCGUCAGAGGGGCGUGAGUGGAGCGAGGAGACGGGGAGGCUGAGGUGGAGGAUCAACGAGCUGGAGAAGGAGAAACUGGAGCUGACAUCCACCCACAACCAGGAGCUGUGUAAGCUGCAGGCGGCGUUAACUCGGUUCAGGUCAUCAGUGGAGCGAGGUGAAGCUCAGAGGGUGGAGCUUCAGUAUCAGCUGACUGUGAGUCAGAGAGACGCCGAGCGAGUGGCCGAGCUCAGCAGAGACAAACACAGUCUCACAGAGCGAGCAGCAGAGCUCCAUCAGACGGUGCACGAUCUACAGAAAGCUCUGGACAUCACCCGACAGGCUCGAGAGGAGGACCAGCAUGCUUUGCAGCAGGAGGUCGAGGAACGAGAUAAAAUGAUUCAAAGUUUCAGCUCCGAGAACCAACAACUGCGACAACUACUGCAGGAGCAGGAGGAGGCUCUGCAGGAGUCAGAGACGAGGAUAGCAGAGGUGAAGGAGGAUGGAGAGAAGGAGGCCGAGGUGAACAGACGACAAGCCGGGGAACUGAAAUACCUGAUGGAGAGAGAGGAGAGGAGCAGGAGGGAGAAGGAGGUGUCGGAUCAGAGGGUGAGGUCUCUGGAGUCGAACAUCGAGGCGGAGCGAGCGGCUCACCUGGAGUCAAAGUUCAACUCUGAGCUCAUCCAGCUGCGGGUGCGAGACCUGGAGGCGGUAGUGGCGGUGGAGAGGUCUGGCCAGCAGGAGGCGCAGUCCAGCCUGGAGAUGCUAAGGACUCAGUUCAGAGAGGUAGAGAGAGCCUACAGCCUGGAGAGAGAGAGGAGCAGCAGCUCUGAGCAGCUUCUGGAGCGGUUGCAGGCAGAGUACGAUCAGUAUAAGUCUGACCUCACCGUUGCUCUGGAAACGGAGAGGAUGAUGACCUCUGACCUCACAGAGAAGCUGGAGGAGGAAAAGAAACGACACAGUGACAUACGCUCACUGCUGGAACAGGCAGUGAAGACUCAGUCUGACACUGAGGAGUCUCAAAUGAACUUUGUGCAGAAGAUCGGAGAGACACUCCACCAACACAUCAACACAGGUGAACACACACAGGUCACAGGCUGUUGUUCCCCUGCAAUGCAUGAUGGGAAACCGAGUCCUUCUGCUGAGCUGCUUCAGCUGCUGAAGACGACGCUCGUCACAUCUCAGCUCGGACUGGAGGAGACGGAGAAACAGGUCCAGGAUCUACUUCUAAUGAACGAAAGGCUGCGGGAGGAGAACCACACCCUGCAACAGCUGAGCUCAGAUCAGAGCAGACAGAUCCAGGUGUUGGUCAAACUGGAGGAGGAGGUGACUCGUCUUCGCCAGGAGAGCUCUGAUUGGUCAACGCAGAGCCGCGGUCUGCAGGCCGAGCUGCAGAGAGAGAGAGAAGAGAGGGCGGCUGAGAUCCAGAAGAUGACGAACAACUACGAGAACGAGUCAAAGGCUCGUCUGUCCUUCCUUCACUGUCUCUACCAGCGCCUCCUGGCGGGCUGCAUCCUCCUCACUCAGCCCCACUGCAUCCUGGGUAAUUUCACCUGGACGGAGCUGUGUGAUGUCAUCAGCGAGCAGGUGGACCGGCUGAGCUCGGACCUCCACAAGGCCAACGACAAGAUCGACCGCCUAAAGAGCGCUUGCGAGAAGAAGAGCGUGUGCAUACGUGAGCUGCAGCGCCAUCAGCAGCGCGCGUUGUCUCGUCUGGAGGAGGGCGUGAGGAGGAGGGAGGAGGCCUGGAGCAACCAGCUGACGCAGCUGCAGAACGAGCUGCAGGUGAGUCGCUCUCAGUGCGACUCUCUACGUGAUCACGUCUCCUCUUUCGAGCUCCACCGCUCCUCCCUGACCUCCGACCUCGCUCGGCUCCGGGGUCUCCUCUCUAAAAGCCGCAGGGAGUCGGCCUCCCUCCUGUCGGCCUGCACCCUGCUGGCCGGGGCAUUGAAACACACCCACCACCACCUGCGGACGCUCUGUGAGCAGAAACGCCUCCUGUGCAGACGCCUGGCGGAGAGGGAGGUGCUAGAAGAGGAGGUGAGGAGGCUGGCCAACGCUCUGGGCGACGAGGAAGACGACGAGGAGGAGAGAAGAGGGAGGAUGGCGGUGAGGAGGUGGAGGAGGAGCGUGUGGGCGGUGUUGGCUGUGAGGAGGUGGUGCACACUGGCUAAAAAGACGACGGUGUUGUUGCGGGUGGAGAGAGGAGGCGGGGCUCCGGCAGUGUGUGUCUGUGGAGAGACGGCUACGGCAACACUGAAGGUUCAAAACAAACCAGAUGAUGACGAUGGUGGUGAUGAAGGUCGUGAAGGCGUGUGCGCUCGGUGGCUUCGCUCUAAAGGCCUCUCCUCCACCAUCAUAUCCUGCAUGGCCGACCUGCAGGGGGCGCUUGCACACGCUGACUCCGCCCCCCCAAAGGUGAUGUCUGCAGCUCAUUCGGGUUUGUCCCGCCUCCUGGAUCACCUCCUCAACCAAUCGGACACAGUGUCCUGCAGAUUGACACCCCCGCAGCUGAACUUGAAGGCCCUGGUGUCCACCCUCCAGCAGCACUUCCUGCUCUUCAGCCAACGGCUGCACUCGGCCGAGGUGGAGAGGCGGAGUCUGAGGCUGGAGGCGGCCAAUCUGAAGAGGGACGGCGACGGGAGGGAGACACCUGCCAGAUGGCUGUGUGUGUGUGUGCAGGUCCCGGCUGAGCGUUUCCACAGCGUGUGUGUGGAGCUCCGUGAGGCUCUGACCAGAGAGCGGGAGGCUCAGUCGUUGAUCCAGGAACAAACUGACCGGCUUCACACGCUGCAGCUGCAAGUGGACGCACACACCCAUGAGCAAAGCGACGCACAACGCACUCUGAGCCACACCACACAGGUUCUGUUUGAGGCUCAGCAGGAGGUGAGUCGGAAGGAGCGCUCGCUGAGAAUUCUGGGUAAACACCUGUCAAGUGUUCAGAGUGAGAGGAAGCAGCUGGAGGAGAGACUGCAGCGAGCUGAGGACGAGCUGAGGGACGCCACCAGACAUAAAGAUGAACUGAUCAGCGACAUGAAGGCUGCAGAGAUGAGCGACAAAAAGGUGACGGCGUUUCCUGAUGAAACCUCCCUGUUCACUGGGCAGGAGGCGGAGUUUAAACCAUCAGGCCCCUCCCACCACAACCAGGCACCCUCCUCCUCCCCCCUCACCAAACCCCCAGAGGCCAAAAUGAAGGAGAAGAAAACCACGAAGAAGAAGAACAGAGGACACGUGAAGAGCGGCGGGAGGAAAUAGACUGUGUGCGAACUGUUCACCCCCAGUCCUGGAGGUCCUUGAACACUUGACAGUUGAAAGUUUCAAACUCUUUGAGCUGAAGCUUUGGAAAGUUACGGAACACUUUGGAUAUCGUGCGUUUAGGUCCUGCAAAAAUGUGAAGUUGAUGUAAACAUUCAGACAAUUAAAACUUUAUUUAUAUGAUUUUUUUUAGAAACAAAAGCAUUUUUCAAUAUGAUUUAGUUUUUUUAACUUUUUUUCUUUCACCGCAAAUGCACCAUAUGGUCGUCAGACGUCUGUCAUCAACCAGCUGUGUGUGUGUGUGUGUGUGUGUGUGUGUGUGUGUGUGUGUGUGUGUGUGUGUGUGUGUGUGUGUGUGUGUGUGUGUGUGUGUGUGUGUGUGUGUGUGUGUGUCACCAAAGAAUCUGGAAACGUUGACGAGCAAAAGUAAGAAAAGUUUAAACCAGAAGAAAACACUUUUAUUUCUGCUGCAUCAGCAUGACGACCCUGCGUGCGUGUGUGUGUGUAGUCCUCAGGCUUUGCCUCUGAAUUUCUAUUAAUGUGCAUAUACAGAAAAACAUCCUCACGCUCACACACCCUCAGGCUGUGUGUGUGUGUGUGUGUGGAAACGUCAUUUACAAAGUGACUUAAGCUGCUGUCACACACACGCGCUGGUUUGUGCUGAUUCUGAGAAAUCUCUCUUUUCCUCUGGAGAUGUUUGUUCCUCCUCAGACGUUGGUUCAGAUUCGACUUGUUUCUCUUCAUUGCUUGAAACAAAAAAAUAUUAAAAUGAAUCUUGACAAAAUCUUCACAAA